AUGGGGCCAGUUUUAUAUGCCCUGGUGAACCCCAUUUAUGAGGCUCUGAGCGCCCCGUCCCGCCCUGCCCUGAUUCAAGGCACACGUCAGACUGCACAAACCCGCGUAAACACCGCGGGCACGGCGGAGGCAACCUCUGGCUUGCCCAAUCUAGACCUUCAAGCCAAACACACAGUUCUACAGACACGCUCCCGGCCAUGCACCGGGGAGGACGAAGGCCUGGGUGGAAGCGGCCGGUCCCCGAGUGGGCACCAGGGGCCCGUGCCGGCGGCGGGGGCGGCUCGCAGGCCCCGCCUGCGAGGCCCGGGGUCCCGAGGACGCGGCGCAGGCUGCCUCGGAGCGGCCGGCCGCGCCCUCCCGGCCCUCCGCGCGGACGGGGCCGCCCCGCGACGCCAGCCUCACGCCUCCGCCGAGCGCUCUGCGGGCAGAGCCGGGCCUCCGCUCUCCGCGGCCGCGCCGGGCAGGGGCGACAGGCCGGCGCGCGUCCUCCCCGCCGCCCCAGAGCCCGGGCCCCCGAGCGCGCCGCAUGGUCGCCCGGACGCCCCGCUGUCCCGUCAGGCCGGCCCCGCGCGGCGCGGGCCUGCGCCCCCGGCCCCCGCCAUCCGCGCCCCCCCGGCCUCCGCUCCGCUCCCGCCGCCCUCCGGGGCCUCCCCGCCCGGCGGCGCGCGAAGGCCGCUCACCCGCGCGUCGCUGCGGCGCCGCUUCCGCACCACGUGCCCCGGCCACGCCCCCACCGCCGCCCCGCCCACUCACCCACCCCCGACCUCGCGCGGAGAGCGGGCGUCGCCCCGCCCCCGUCGCCGUGCAGUCCGCCAAUUCCGGGCCUGGCUGGAGACGGCGUCGCCCCGCCCCGCCGUCGCCCCGCCCCUCCAUUGCGCGAUACGGGGGCGGUACGGGGGCGGGGCUGAGGCCGGGAGGCGGGGCUCCGGAGCCGCUGUCCGGGGGAGCUCCCUCCGUCCCCGGCUUGGUGCCCCCUCGGCCUUCCCCGCCGCUGCUGCUGCGAGGGGAGGCAUCUUCGUGUUCAAUGUCCAGAUGGUACUUUCAUCCAAGAACCUGGAGGUGCCACCUUGGGCAGAGAAGCGUGAGUACGCAGGACGGGCCGGGCGCCCGCGACCCGGUGCCCUCCCCUCCCCUCCUCUCGCGCUGCCCCUCCCCCGCGCGGCGGCCGAGCCGCGGAGCCCAGACGCGAGCGCGGGGCGCCGGGCGCGGGGCGGGCACGGGCGCGGCGGGCUGGCCAUGGCGCGGGCGCGGACGGCGGGCGCGCGGGGCCGGCGCGGGCGCUGCGGGCUGCGCGGGCGCUGCGGGCGGGGCACGCUGCUGGCCUGCGCCGCGUGGACCGCAGGCUGGGUGCUGGCGGCCGCGCUGCUGCUCCGCGCGCACCCGGGCGUCCUCUCCGAGCGCUGCACCGACGAGAAGAGCCGGCGCAUCCUGGCCGCGCUGUGCCAGGACUACCGGGGCGGCGCGCUCGGGGGAGACCUGUGCGAGGACCUGUGCGUGGCGGGGCGGCUGCGGUACCGGCGCUGCCUGUACUACGAGCGGGGCAAGAAGGUGCUGCAGGCCGACUGGCGCGGCCGGCCCGUGGUCCUCAAGUCCAAGCAGGAGGCCUUCCCCAGCCUCCCGCCGCUCGGCCUCCCGGACGAGCAGCCCGAGGCCGGCGGCCAGGACGUCCCGGAGGCGGAGCUGCUGCUGCUGGCGGCCGGGGAGGUCAGGAGCGCGCUGGGCCUGGAGCCGCCGGCGGGCGGCCUGGGGCGGCUGGGGCUGGGGCUGGGGCGGCGGGGCCCCCGGCGGCGGGGCCAGCUGGCCAGCCUGUGGGCGCUGCUGCAGCAGGAGGAGUUCGUCCUGCUCAGCCUGCUGCGAGGCCGCAGCCCGCACGCGCCGCCCGUGCUGGGCUCGUGCGGCCACUUCUACGCGGUGGAGCACCUGGCGGCCGGCAGCCCGCGCCACCGGGCCCUCUUCCCCCUGGACGGCGCGGCCCGCGGGGGCCGCGGCCGGGCGCGCGCGCUCAGCGGCGUGGCGCUCAGCUUCCUGGACAUGGUCCGCCACUUCGAGCACGACUUCUCCCACCGCCUGCACCUCUGCGACGUCAAGCCCGAGAACUUCGCCAUCAGGAGCGACUUCACGGUGGUGGCUAUUGACGUGGACAUGGCCUUUUUUGAGCCUAAAAUGAGGGAAAUUCUUGAGCAGAACUGCACGGGAGAUGAAGACUGCAAUUUCUUUGACUGUUUUUCAAAGUGUGAUUUGCGAGUGCACAGGUGUGGAGCCCAGAGAACCAACAGCAACCUGCAGGUCGUCUGCGACAAGAUAUUCCGCCACUGGUUCUCCUCGGCCCGCGGCGGCCCCGCCGUGUCGGCCCCGCUGCGGCGGCAGCUGCGGGCGGCGGUGCUCGAGUGCGCGGCCCCGGGGGCCCCGGGCGCGGCGCCCCGCGUGCUCGCCAAGCUGCGGCGCCUGCUGCAGGCCGCGAUGCGGGAGCUGCGGGAGGACCCGUAGCAGCCGCGGCCCCCGCGCCCACGGCGCCGCUCCGUCCCGCAGCCGCCUCCGCCCUCCGCUGCCAAGACCCCAUCCUGGCCUCGGCCCGCGUCCGCCC